CGCCAGGACGCGGGAUGAGGUGAAGCUGCUGCAGAGCGAGCUGCAGGCGAGCCAGCACCAGCUGGAGAUGGAGCGGCUGGCGCACGGGCGCGCCGACCACCAGCUGGACUGGACUCGAGCCCAGCUGGCUGAGCGGCAGACGGCGCUGGAGGAGGGCCGCACCGCGCUGCGCAACCUCCAUCAGUCCAGACGGAAGCUGCUGGUGGAGCUGACCCAGACCCGCCACCUGCUGGUGACCGCUGUGUGUCGUGUCAAGGAGCUGGAGGUCACGGCGGGUCAGGUGCCGGCCCUGGAGAAACGCGUCUACGAGCUAGAGACGUUGCUGAAGCGCAGGUCUGGCAGCCAGCCACGCGCACUCUCCCACGUGGACAGCGGCCUCUACUCAACCUCGGAGAGCGAGCACGAGGAGACUCGACCCCACAACCCAGGCACGGAGACCAGCUCGGGUGAGAACCCCGGCACGGAGGCCAGCUCAGACGACAUUGGCCGAACCACUGCUGGAACGGGAGCCGAAACCGAAGCCGGAGUCGGAGUCGAAGCCAGAGCCGCGGCCGAAACCGAUCCGGGGAGUGCCGCCGCAGCGGAGGCUGACGGCCGCACCCCACCCGGACAUGACCGGAUGACGUCAUCACCGGUCGCGGUCGCCGAUGACGUCACCGACCCUGCACGCUCACCGCUCAGAGAGUCAGCGGAGACGCCGACGCGAGCUGCCUCUUCGUCUGCCACGGAGGAGGAGCACGACGCUCUCAUCCGGCUGGAGGAGCAAGUGCAGUGGCUGCGUCAGCAGUUCCUGGACGCCGAACAGGAGUGGGAGCAGGAGCGCCGCCAGCUAAUGCAGGAGGUCACGCAGCGACAAGAGGACUGCCAGCUGAUGGCCAGCGAUAUUCAGCACCUGGAGCAGGAGCAGCAGCCGCUCCUGCUUCUUCAGGAGCGGGCCAACAGUGUGCUGGACGUCUUACGGAAUCUCCGACACGUGAACAUUUCGACUCGCGCGCUGGGCCGCCUGGUGUACGACGCCCUGGAGCGGUGUCAGGAGACGGACGGCGGCCAGGCGGCCUUCCGGUUCCUAAACGCCCUGCACCGGGCCGCCUCGGGCUACGAGCGUCUGAGCACCGAGAGCCUGAUCCAGCUGGCGCUGGAGGGUCUGGGCCGACCGGAGCCGGUGGAGGAGCGCAGCUGAGCAGCGCCGGGGUCUCGCGGGUCGGGGGUCACUCUGGGCACACGGGUCACACAUCAGGUUUGGGCGUGGGAACGCGGCGGCGAGCGCCAGAGUCGCCGUAGGCCUUCGGCUAACGGUGCUGGUGAGAGGCAUUGGGAUGAAGCGGCAGCAGGCUCCCUUCGUACCAUUGCGAAGGCACUUGAGCUUGUCGAAGAGCUGUCGGAAGGCUAGCCUGUAUGGGUUCAUGUGAUGGGUGGACGCGGAGCACUUCCCACGCGGUCAUCACCUGAGUCGUCUUAGCCGUGACCAGGAGCGAGCUGACUUGGUCGGUCUCGGAUGCAUGUCCAGACAGCACCAAACGGCGCCCUUAUUUUCUUACAUGUGCGGGUAUUUUCUACAGCUUGCAUCCCCGAGGCUUCUCGCGCUGAAGUUUGUGUUAACUUGGCGAUGAGCUCAGGCUUUAAUCACGUGUAACGUCUAAGUCGAAUCGUGUUUACGAGCAUUUCACUGUGCACGAUGUUUUGCGAUUAAUAACUGCGUAGGAUUACGUUCAUGGUUACUGUAAGCUGAACGUCAUCCCGAGUUGUCAAACUGACGUCAAGCUUGAAGGUUGCACUAGAGCACGCUUACUAAAUGUUCUGUUGUUUAUCCAUCGUCCCACUGCGAUGAUGCGAAAAUAAGUGCUGCAACUGCGCAUUCAAUAAACAAUUUUCCUGUCCUAGA